AUGGAGGCGGAGGGCGGCGCGGCUUCUGGGGAUGGCAGCGCGGCUUCUGGGGAGGGUGGCGCAGCUUGGGCUGAUGGCGUCACGGCCACGGCGGAGAUCGGCGCGGCCACGACGGAGGUCCGCGCGGCCAAGCAGGCGACGCGCGCGACCAAGCAGCCUACCCGCGCGGCCAUGGAGGUGGAGGACGGAGCAGCCACGGCGGGGGGCAGAGCGGCCAAGCAGGCGUGCGGCGCGGGCUCGGAGGCGGGCGACGCGGGCACAGGGGCGGGCGACGCGGCCAAGCAAGCACCCCGUGCGGCGUUGGUGGCGGGCGGCGCGAUCUCGUUGUCGCGCGGCGCGGCCUCGGAGGAGGACGACGCGGCCACGGAAGCGCCACUCGCGGCCAUGGAGACGGGCGUCGCGGCCACAGUGGAAGGCGGCACAUCCAGGACACAGCACCAACUCCCUGCAGGGAUGGAUGUAGCUACUAAUUUUCUAUUGAAAAUUCAUUUGCUUGGCAAUCGCAAAAAGGCUAGAAAGGAUGUCAAAUGUUUUAGUUUUGAGAUGGUUGUUGACUCAGAUCUGUCGAAUUAUAAGGAUUUCAUUGACUCAGUUACAGAGAAGUACCCUCCAGGCUACUUAGAAAUUCCACAUGUUCAGUACUAUGAUAAUGUUCUUAAGAAUUUUCCAGUAGUAAAAUCAGAUCAGGAUUUGAUGUCUAUGUUUGAUGUACACAGUAAGGAGAAAGUUGUAGAGAUGUUUGUCGUUUAUUGUGAUCCCUCAGAAAAAUUUGAGCCUAUCACUAAGUGGGAGUUUGAUGUUGAAGGGCAGCCUGCAAACAAUAUAGAGGAGGAUGACGACGAUUACCUUAGAAAUCCUUUACCAGAGAAUGAACAUGUUGGUGUUGAUGAGGAGAUCAUGUACUUGGACAUUGUACCUGUGAAUGCUGUAGAUGUGCCUGGAUGUUCUGAAAAAGGGAAGGAAAAAGCAGUGGCUGAGGAUGGCUCAGAGGAUGAGUCUGAGGAUGGCUCAGAGGAGGAGUUUGAGGAUGAGGAUGAAUUAGAGGCUGAUGAGGAUGAGCCAUAUGAAGAAAGGUACCGUGGGAAGGUGUUUGAUGAUCACCUCUGGGCAGCAGCUUACUCAUGGAACCCAUACUUGUUUAAGAAGCAUUGGGCUGAGAUGGAGAAAGCAAAGCCUGCUGCAACUGAUUACCUAAGACGUCACAAGAAGUUGUGGACUAGAAGUCAAUUCAAAACAAUUUGCAAAGUGGACUAUGUGACCAACAACUUGGCGGAGAGCUUCAACAAUUGGAUUAAGCAGUACAAGUCCAUGAAUUUGGAUGAUUUGAUGGAUAAGAUCAGACAAUUAAUUAUGAUCAAGUGGAACCAAAGGAGAAAAAUUGGAAAGAAAUUAGAUGGCUUCAUUCUUCCCCACAUAAUUAAGAAGCUAAAUGAACAGAGUAGAGAAUUGAACUUGGAUUAUAAGCUCGGAGAUUACAAGUAG